GCCUGAGGCAAGAUUAUGCUUCAACUUCAGCAUCAGUGUCAAGGAACAGUUCCAGUGUGUCUCUUCCUUUGGUCAAAAAAGGGACCAGCAGUGAUCAGGAAUUUGAUCGUUAUAGCCUUGAAGAUGAAGAAGAAGAAUUUGACCACUUGCCCCCUCCACAGCCUCGGCUCACACGUUGCUCUCCUUUUCAAAAAGGAAUUCCCCAUUCACAAACUUUCUCCAGUAUACGGGAUUGUAGAAGGGGCCCAAUUUCCCCAUAUUUUCCCUCCAGUAAUAAUCAACAGCAGCCAUUUUAUUCUCCUCAAGCUCCAAAUCUUCUGGAGUCUCAGUCAAACAGAAUUAAUGGAGACAAACUCCGAAGAAGCAUGCCUAAUUUAGCUCGAACGCCAAGUACACUUUAUGUCAAUACCAACGGUAGCCCCGCAGUUUCUGUGAGGAACAGUCUAAGUUUUGAUUCUAACUUGCAUGGAGCCAGUAAUGGGAUAUCCAGAAUACAGUCUUGCAUUCCUUCACCAGGGCAACUUCAACACAGAGUCCACAGUGUGGGACACUUUCCAGUAUCUGUCAGGCAGCCUCUCAAAGCUAUGGCCUAUGUGAGCCCAACAGUUCAAGGAAGCAAUAGUGGCAGUGGCCUUGCAUUGUCCAGCAGCAGCUUGCAGAUGCACUCCAGCACAGGCAUUCCAGUGCCAAACAAGACUGCUAACACAAGCAUUGUAACACGUAGUAGUCUUCCUAGGCCUUCCCUGGCCAUAGGUGGAAGCAGUAUACCUAGGAGCAAAAUUGCACAGCCAAUUCGAAGUUUUCUCCAGCCACCGAAACCUCUUUCUUCAUUUACUACUCUACGGGAUGGCAACUGGAGAGAUGGCUGUUAUUGA